AUGACACCUCUUUCUUUGUGCAUUGCUGAUAUCUCCUUCCUGCUAGACUUGAAGCUCGACAAUAUUUUGAUGACGUUCGAGAACGAAGACAUUCUCCCCAACUUCAAUAAGGACCAGACCACCAGCCGGCCUAUGCAGUGCAAGACUAAUCCGACGAGCGGACGUACCGUCUACCGUUGCCAUAAUGACUUUGGGUCCCUCGAUUGGCGAGAGCUUCGGAAAAUGUUGCCAAAGAUUGUUGACUUUGGGUUAGCAACUCGCCUUGAGAGUGAUAGCCAAGGGCGAGUGAGGAACGAAACAGCUGGUUUUCAUCCCAUACAGCCGGACCAGUACCGUGCACCCGAAGUCAUUCUUGGCUGCCCUUGGAGCUUUAGCGCGGAUAUAUGGAAUAUCGGUGUCCUGGCGUGGAAUAUAAUUGAGAACACCGAACUAUUCCACCAUGUGCAUGACAGCCAAGGCCAUUACAAUCCCAAGACACAUUUAGCGGAAAUGAUUGCACUACUCGGCCCCCCGCCAAAGGAGUUAGUAGCGAAGUCUGAUGCCAUGGCAGAGUUUAGGUGGUCUAAUCCUAUCAAAAAUGACACAGGCAGGCUCUGCAGGAACGGGAGAGAGUAUUUCAAUGGACCGUUCUUCAAUGAAAACGGCGAGUUUCUUCAUAAUGGUCUAAUACCUUCGCGGAAACUUGAAGAUUCGAUCCUGCACUUGGAACAGAAGGAAAGACAAGCCUUCUUGUCGUUUGUUGCCCUUACACUUGCCUGGCAUCCGGGGGAUAGGCAAACAGCUGCCGAGUUGAUGGAACAUCCCUUCCUGAAUGGGUGA